CUCCUUGGACCUUGGAUAUUUGGUUAUGUUUGAAUAAAUUUUAUUUUAUGCAUUUAACAUAAAAUCAUAAAUAUGAUUCGAAAGCGGUUAACGAAUUUAGCUCAACUAGGUGCUGUGGGCUUUACUGGAUACUGCUUAGGAAUUUACAGUGAACGAAAUAUCGACCUAUUUAAAACGAGAGAAGAUUCUGUUAUAAUAAAUGGCAAAUGCAUCAAAAAUAUGCCCGGUUUGCCAAUAUUCGGGUGUGUAUCAGCUGCUACGCCUUACGUCGAUUCUAGUGGGCCUAAAGAUAGAAUAUCGCAAAUAAUGAAAUUUGGAUUUCCCGGCUUGGAUAAUGUCCGUUCAUUCGACGACUACGUAUUAUCCUACGACCGACGUAACCGGGUUGCGCACUGGGUAUUCGAGCAUCUCACUAGUGCUCACGUUGCCAAGAAUGCUACGGUGGACAGGAGUAAGUGUGAGUUUACUGCGGAUGAAAGUAUACAUCAAUUUUUUAGAUCACAGAACAGUGACUACAAAGGCUCUGGCUUUGACCGAGGGCACUUGGCAGCCGCGGGCAACCAUAAGUUGGCACAGAAACAUGUUGAACAAACAUUCCUGCUCACUAACAUGGCACCCCAGGUGGGUGAAGGGUUCAAUAGGCAUGCAUGGAACAGAUUAGAAAAGCACGUUCGCAACCUUACCAAGGUGUAUGACAAUGUGUACUGCUGCACAGGACCACUGUAUCUGCCCAGAAAGGAAUCCGACGGCAAGUCCUACGUGAAAUACCAAGUGAUCGGCGCAAACUCAGUAGCAGUCCCGACACAUUUCUACAAAGUGGUUGUGGGCGAGGCGGCGGCGGGUGGCGUUUUAGAUAUGGAGGCCUAUGUUAUGCCCAACCAGAAGAUACUUGACGAGACGCCUGUGGCUAACUUUAUGGUACCACCAGAAUCGAUAGAGAAAGCAGCCGGUCUCUUGUUUUUCGACAAGAUACAUAGAAGCAAAUUAAAUAAAAUUAACGGCAAGAAAGUUUAACCCUUUGAACGUUACCCGCUACCCGCUACCCGCUAUCGGCGCGCGCGCGGCAUGGGGAACCUUGUUGAGAUGAGAUGGGAACAAAGGUUGAUUAUGGACGGUUGGUUGCUGCGCGCGGCGCGUUAUGGGCGCGUUACUUGACGUCUGACGGUGACGGUGACGGCGGACAAAGGGUUCAUGCCGGUGCCGGUAUAGGUUCAUAUAGUCUGUCAAGCCAUUUCCGUCAGUAGAAAAAAAGCGGCUAAUUUAAAAAAUCUAGGCGUGAAUGGUUAUCGUCCCAUAGAAAAUUUGAAUUUUGCGCCUUUAUUUACAGACAAAGUGGUUUGACAGACUAUAAUUAGUACAAUUUUAGACAAAUUAUAUAUAAUAUAAUAGAGACUAGUAAAUAAAAAUGACAGUUUGUACACAUCUGUAUCUUGUUGUUAUUGGCGGCACUUUACUAGAAUUUACUAGAUGUUGUAAGAAGAGCAGUUUUCAUUUUCGACUCGUCUCUGAUUAUCUGACUUUAUUAGACCAAAUAAAAUAUAUUUUUAGUUAUUUUUAAUCAUACUGUAUCUUUAAUUAUCCCCUGGUUAAUUA